CUCAUUCUACGUCUCUGUUUUUCUUCGUAUUCUCAUUCUUGGUCACGGUAGAUGAAGAAGAAGGAGAAGAAGUGAAGAAGAGAAGGAAGAGAAAGAGGAGAGGAGGAGGAUUUGUUGAGAGCAGUAGGCUAGACACUAGAUCUACCAGUAUAAAAAAGAUACAUCCGUCACAGUUUGUUGACAUUGUUGUCCGUUUCCAACCAAUGAGUAGGAGCAGGGCGUUGGCGCAACACCGACCGACACACACUACACAGCGACAAAUCAAAGUUGCAGCCGGAUUGUCCUUGACUGGGGUCAGUUUCCUUUUAAGUGGUCUAGAAAGAUUUCAUAACACACAAGAUGUCAAGGAGAGUGGCAGUGGUUACAGGCUCCAACAAAGGAGUUGGGUUUGGCAUUGUGAGGGCCCUGUGCAAAAAGUUUGAUGGGGAUGUUAUUUUGACAGCCCGAGAUGAGGGGAGAGGGAAAGAGGCGGUGGAUGCUCUGAAAAAGGAGGGUUUAAAUCCUCUGUUCCACCAGCUGGACAUCACAGAGCACUCCACUGUGGUGACGCUGAGAGACUUUCUGAAGCAGAACUACCAAGGCCUUGACGUGCUCGUCAACAAUGCUGGUAUUGCUUACAAGGCUACGGCUACAGCACCCUUUCCUGAGCAAGCCGAAGUCACCAACAAGACAAAUUUCUUCGCCACUGUGGACCUAUGCAAUGUUUUAUUCCCGCUCCUUAGGCCUCAUGCAAGAGUGAGUAAUGUGUCCAGCAUGGUGAGCCAGUGGUCUCUCGCUAAAUGCUCGGAUGCUCUCAAGGCACGUUUCACCGAUCCCAAGAUCACAAUGGAAGAGCUCACCUCUAUCAUGAAGCAGUUUGUCGAAUCAGCCCAGAACAACAAACAUGUAGAGGAAGGAUUUUCUGACAGCGCUUACGGGAUGUCCAAAGUUGGGGUCACAGUCAUGUCCAUCAUUCAGCAGAGAGAGCUGGACGAGAAGGGAGCGGACGAUAUUGUGGUCAAUGCCUGUUGUCCCGGAUAUGUGGAUACGGACAUGACUAGCCACAUGGGUCAUCUGACCAUAGAUCAAGGGGCAGUAACUCCAACUUAUUGCGCUCUUCUGCUGCCAAACAUCUCGAGUCCGCGUGGAAAUUUCAUCAAAGAGGAGAAAAUCUCCGAGUGGAAGAUGUAAACUCGUUUGCUUGUUUUUUUUUGGGCCAAGAUUUGAGUGAAGUCAGUUACUUGGUACCUUUUGUGUCACGACGCGGGGGAAUCAGGUGCUCGUCCGUUUUUGGACGUGGGGAGUUAUUGGUAUCAUUUUAAAGGUUAUUCAUUUGUCUUGUUUUCGGUAAAGAAAAUACUCAUAUAGAUCUAUCAUGAAUAGAAGUCGAGGUAUUUACGAUUUUAAAAAGGGGUGGGGGUCGCCUGGUUUCAGAGAUAAAAUUAGCAAGAAAAUGAGGGCUGCCAAAUUUGGCGACUUUCAAAGUCUGAAAGUCAUUAGAAAAUGCAAAUUUACAUUUUUGUGUCUUAAAUCAACAUUUUUUUUGUGAAAUCCACACUGAAAUGUGUUUUUUAAUGGUUCUGAAAGAUGUCGAGUCAAACAACAAAAAUUUGAUAAGAAUUGCUAAACGGACAGAAAAAUGCCUGUUUUUUUUUCGAUUUCAUUAUUUUGACGAGUGCCUGAUUUCACCACGAUGCCUCACAUUUAGAAAAGUUUUUGUGCUGUAUUUCAUCUCAGUACAACAGAGUAGAUCUAUGUAGUCCGUGUGGAGAAGCAUUGAGAACCUAGUCUUUUCUUGUCCUUGUUGGGAGUAUAUUUCAGAUGAGUCAUUGUGAUCACCAGAAAUGUUGUGCUACUGUUUUAUUUGUGAUGUAAUUUGGCCACCGGUAGGUCCCGCUUUUUUUCUGUUCCUUCUUUCUGUUCUUUUUAUCUGUCCCCAUGGUUUUAUGCACCCCGCAUAAUUUAGCAAAAUUUGAUCAUUUUUUGCUUAAUUUCUGAUUAUUUUCCUAUAUCAUUCUUUGGUAAAAUUAGCACUAUCACAUAAUUCCACAUUUUUGGGCCCAGUUUGCAUAAUUUCAGAAUUUUUCUCGCAUAAAACGACGGGGACAGUUUUAUCCGCCCGUCUUACUUUUUCCUUAACCCUGAAUG